CCGCCAUUGAUAAGCCCACGAAUUCCUCAUCCUUUCAGUCUUUCUUUCUUCUACUCAAACUCUCAAAAACCAUGAGAAGAAGCUGAAAAAUUCAUCUUCAAAUCCACUUUCUCCAAAUCGAUUUCCAUGGCAAAAACUCUACUAUCCUCACCUUCUUUCUUAGGAACACCUCUUCCUUCCUUCUCUAAACAUGCCUUCCUUCAAUCCACUCAACGGAGAACCAGAUUCGUACAAACUACAGUUAAAUUCAGCUUAUUCGACCUUCCUCCAAUUCAAUCCUUAACUCACUCGCUUGAUCUCGCUGCAAUUGUUACUCGAACAGAGAGUAUUCUUUACACGUUAGCUGAUGCCGCUGUCGCUGUUGAUUCCGCUUCUGGUGGCGCUGUUUCAUCCGACGCUCCUCCUCAGAAGAGUGGUGGUUGGUUCGGUUUUAUUGCUGAAGGCAUGGAAGUUGUUCUUAAGGUACUAAAGGAUGGUCUUAGUGCAGUUCAUGUGCCUUAUGCAUAUGGUUUUGCAAUUAUUUUGUUGACGGUUCUAGUUAAAAUUGCCACUCUUCCAUUGACAAAGCAACAGGUUGAGUCAACAUUGGCAAUGCAAAAUCUUCAGCCAAAAAUUAAAGCUAUUCAAGAAAGAUAUAAAGGAAACCAGGAAAGGAUACAGCUUGAGACAUCACGUCUUUAUAAACAGGCAGGGGUCAACCCUUUGGCAGGAUGUUUACCAACCCUGGCAACAAUACCAGUAUGGAUAGGUUUAUAUCAAGCUCUUUCAAAUGUGGCAAAUGAGGGGUUGUUGACAGAAGGCUUUUUCUGGAUACCGUCACUGGGAGGUCCAACUUCAAUUGCUGCUCGACAGAGCGGAUCUGGAGUUUCUUGGCUUUUUCCAUUUGUGGAUGGUCAUCCUCCUUUGGGAUGGGGUGACACUACAGCCUACCUUGUUUUACCAGUACUCCUCGUUGCUUCUCAGUUUAUCUCGAUGGAGAUCAUGAAGCCGCCUCAGUCUGAUGACCCAUCCCAAAAGAACACACUUCUUGUUCUGAAGUUCCUUCCUUUCAUGAUUGGCUACUUUGCCUUGUCUGUUCCAUCAGGGUUAUCAAUUUACUGGUUCACAAACAAUCUCCUUAGUACUGCACAACAAGUUUGGUUACGGAAAUUGGGUGGUGCAAAGCCAGUUGUGAGUGAGAAUGCUACUGGUAUUAUUACUGCAGGACGUGCAAAACGAUCAGGUUCUCUGGCUUCAGAACCAGGUGAAAGAUUUAGGCAGAUGAAAGAAGAAGAGAAAAAGAAAAAGCUGAAUAAAGCAUUGCCGGUUGAACAAGUUCAAAACUUGGAGUCUGAAUCUGAUUCCGAAGAGGAUUAUGAUGACGAGAAUAAGGAUAAAGAUGAAGCAGUUCUCGACGAAGCGUAUGCUAGUAGUGGUAGCAAACAAGUUCCUAACUAUUCGGGUCCAAAGAGAAGUAAGAGAUCAAAGCGAAAGCGAGCAGUAUAAUAAUUUGUAUUUAAACUUCCUAUUUUUUUUUUCAACUAGCUGUGUAUGUUACAAGUUUUGAUUGUUUAAUAAAAACAGGUAGUGCCUAUCUAUUGCAUAUUAAUAGUGUUAUUGUUUAACAUUUUUCACCUUUUAAGUCAUUUAUCCUAGUCAAUUUUUAUUUGGUAAAUGUAGCCCAUUUCAACUGUA